AGAGAGAAGCCAAGAGGAAAAAGACAAGCAGACCGACAGCACUGAGGAAAGCGCGGGACAGAAGGUGCUCCAGAACUGCCAGCAGAAACAGAGGAACUUGACAAGAGCCUAUCAGUGUUUGUGGCUGUGUGCUUAGGAUUUCUGUCAAUGCAUUCCAGUAACCCCAAAGUGAGAAAUUCCCCAUCAGGAAAUGCCCAGAGUAGUCCCAAAUCAAAGCCGGAGGUGAUGGUCCGUCCCCCUACAGUGAUGUCCCCAUCGGGUAACCCCCAGCUGGACUCUAAAUUCUCCAACCAGGGUAAACAGGGGGGCUCAACAGGCCAAUCCCAGCCCUCUCCCUGUGACCCCAAGUGUGGGGGCCACACACCAAAAGUGCUCCCAGGACAAGGAGGGAGCAUGGGGCUGAAGAACGGGUCCGGCAAUGGCUCAAAAGGGAAAGGAAAAAGAGAGAGGAGCAUUUCAGCAGACUCAUUUGAACAGAGAGAUGCUGGAACUCCCAGCGAUGAAUCCGAAAUCAAAGAUCUUGGCUCUGCUGAGCAUGCAAAAUCACAUGAUUCCCAGCAUACAGCACACUCUGUGGCUCCAUCAAAUGCCUCAGCCCCACGAUCUUCCACACCUUCCCAUGGUCAGGCUGCCACUUCGGAGCCAGGUAGCAUGCAGAAGACUCCUUCCAAAGUCGUCUAUGUCUUUUCAACGGAGAUGGCCAAUCAGGCUGCAGAAGCUGUGCUGAAGGGACAGGUAGAAACCAUUGUAUCCUUUCACAUUCAGAACGUCUCUAACAAGGCAGAACGAAACACUGUACCUUUGAACCCUCAGAUCCCACUGCUCCGAAAUGAUACAAAGCCCCAGGCUCAGGCACAGCUGCCUACUUCACAAGAGCAGACUCCUCCCCAGAAUGCCAAAAUGCAGCAGACUCCACCCAUUCCAGUUCCAGCACCAGCACCCAAAUCUACUGGCCCUCCUUGUCCUAUUGACCAGGACAAUCCUGGCUUAGAAAGUAAAGUGAUGUCUGCAGGAAGUCCUGCAAACUCCACCCCAUUGCAGACUGAAGGAUUUGGGCAAACUUCAACCCCCAAUAAUCGAGCAGUUAGUCCAGUCUCCCAAGGGAGCAACAGUUCCACUGCAGACCCUAAAGGUCCCAACCAGCAGGUAUCUGGGGGGGACCCACCAAACAUGGGUGAAAAUCCAGAUGGGCUGUCCCAGGAGCAGCUGGAACAUAGAGAACGUUCACUACAGACUCUACGAGAUAUUCAGCGUAUGCUUUUCCCGGAUGAGAAAGAGUUCACUGGAGGCCAAACUGGAGGGCCUCAGCCAAAUCCUGGAGUGCUGGAUGGUCCACAAAAGAAACCUGAAGGGCCAAUACAGGCUAUGAUGGCUCAAUCCCAAAGCUUAGGUAAAGGGCCAGGGCCUCGGACAGAAGGAGGGGCUCCCUUUGGCCCCCAAGGGCACAGAGACAUGCCCUUCUCUCCAGAUGAAGUUGGGCCGCCAUCUAUAAACUCCCAACCUGGUCCUUUGGGACUGGACCAUGCAGAUCACAUGACCCCUGAACAGGUGGCCUGGCUGAAGCUGCAACAGGAGUUCUAUGAGGAAAAGAGGAGAAAGCAAGAACAGGUUGUACAGCAAUGUUCUCUACAAGACAUGAUGCUUCACCAGCACGGGCCUCGAGGAUUGGUCAGAGGCCCCCCACCCCCAUAUCAGAUGACCCCAGGUGAGGGCUGGGGGCCUGGUGGCUCUGAACCCUUUUCUGAUGGCAUGGCCAUGUCACAUUCACUACCCCCAAGGGGCAUGGCCCCCCAUCCCAACGUGCCUGGCAGUCAGAUGCGUCUGCCUGGAUUUGCUGGAAUGAUAAACCCCGACAUAGAGGGUCCCAAUGUCCCAAAUGCCACAUCAAGAUCUGGGCUUUCGGGUGUCCCUUGGCCAGAAGAUGUGCCAAAAAUUCCAGAUGGCCGAAACUUUCCGCCUGGGCAAGGUGUGUUCAGUGGCCCUGGUCGAGGGGAGAGAUUUCCAAAUCCUCAGGGCUUGCCUGAGGAUAUUUUUCAACAGCAGUUAGCAGAAAAACAGUUAGGACUUCCCCCUGGCAUGAGCAUAGAAGGCAUCAGGCCUGGAAUGGAGAUGAACCGAAUGAUUCCCCCCCAGAGACACAUGGAGCCUGGCAAUAACCCCAUCUUUCCACGCAUGCCAGUUGAGGGAUCCAUGAGCCCCUCCCGGGGAGAUUUCCCAAAAGGAAUGCCGCCUCAGAUGGCGGCUGGUAGAGAGUUGGAAUUUGGGAUGGGCCCCAGUAGCAUGAAGGGAGAUGUGAAUCUGAAUGUUAACAUGAGUUCCAAUCCACCAAUGAUACCUCAAAAAAUGAGGGAAGCUGGAGUGAGCCCAGAGGAGAUCAUGAAAAUGCGCCCAGGUGUCUCGGAAAUGCUCCCCUCUCAGCAGAAAAUGGUGCCCUUGCCAUUUGGUGAGCACCCCCAGCAGGAGUACGGAAUGGGCCCAAGACCUUUCCACCCUAUGUCUCAGGGCCCAGGAGUCUGCCUCCGGAAUCAUAGAGAGCAGAUGGGGCCUGACCAAAGGACUAACAGCCGGCUUAGCCACAUGCCACCACUACCUCUGAACCCCUCCAGUAACCCAAACAGCCUCAACACAGCUCCUCCAGGUCAGCGCAACCUCGGACGCAAGCCCUUGGACGUCUCCGUCGGUGCCAGCCAGGUUCAUUCUCCGGGCAUAAAUCCACUGAAGUCCCCCACGAUGCGCCAGGUCCAGUCUCCUAUGCUGGGUUCUCCCUCCGGGAACCUCAAGUCUCCUCAGACUCCAUCCCAGCUAGCAGGGAUACUUGCAGGUCCAACUGCUGCAGCAGCUGCUGCAUCAAUCAAAUCUCCCCCUGUUAUGGGUUCUGCUGCCGCUUCUCCAGUCCAUCUCAAGUCUCCGUCCCUCCCUGCACCUUCUCCUGGAUGGACUUCAUCUCCAAAGCCCCCGUUGCAGAGUCCUGGAAUACCCCCCAACCACAAAGCGUCUCUUGCCAUGUCUUCGCCAGCCAUGAUGGGGAAUGUCGAGUCAGGUGGUGCUCCCCCUUCAACAGUUAGCCAGGCUGCUCCUGUGACUAUUCCUGGAAAUCUUCCUUCAAGCAGUCCAUACACAAUGCCCCCAGAGCCCACCCUGUCUCAAAAUCCUCUCUCAAUCAUGAUGUCACGGAUGUCCAAGUUUGCAAUGCCCAGCUCUACACCUCUCUACCAUGAUGCUAUCAAGACUGUUGCCUCCUCAGAUGACGACUCUCCUCCAGCACGUUCCCCAAAUUUGCCACCAAUGAACAAUCUUUCGGGAAUGGGCAUUAAUCCCCAGAAUCCUCGUCUUUCGGGUCCCAACCAGGUGGGUCCAAUGCCGACUCUUAGCCCAAUGGGAAUGACUCAACCUCUAACUCACAGUAACCAGAUGCCCUCUCCAAAUGCUAUGGGACCCAAUAUACCUCCUCAUGGGGUCCCUGUAGGACCUGGCCUAAUGUCACACAAUCCAAUGAUGGGCCAUGGUUCCCAAGAGCCUCCAGUGGUACCUCAAGGACGCCUGGGCUUUCCACAGGGCUUUCCUCCAGUACAGUCCCCUCCUCAACAGGUGCCAUUUCCACAUAAUGGACCUAGUGGAGGGCAAGGCAACUUUCCAGCUGGAAUGAGCUUCCAUGGUGAAGGACCUCUGGGGCGUCCUACCAGCAUGCCCCAGGGUUCAACGGAUCCAGUACUUUGCAAGUCUGGAGGUCCCGGGGGACCAGACUCUUUCACUGUCCUAGGAAACAACAUGCCUUCAGUUUUUACUGAUCCAGAGCUGCAGGAAGUAAUUCGCCCUGGAGCCACUGGAAUACCAGAAUUUGACCUGUCCAGGAUUAUUCCGUCGGAGAAGCCUAGCCAGACACUACAGUAUUUCCCUCGUGGGGAAGUGCCAGGCCGCAAGCAGCCACAGGGUGUUGGACCUGGAUUUUCUCACAUGCAGGGAAUGAUGGGAGAACAGAAUCCAAGAAUGGGUCUGGCAUUACCUGGCAUGGGAGGCCCAGGGGGAACUCCUGAUAUCCCUCUGGGAACAGCAUCAUCCAUGCCAGGCCACAACCCAAUGAGACCUCCUGCCUUUCUUCAGCAAGGCAUGAUGGGACCUCACCAUCGGAUGAUGUCACCAGCACAAACGGCAAUGCCUGGCCAGCCCACUCUAAUGAGCAACCCAGUGGGCAUGAUUCCAGGCAAGGACCGAGCGCCUGCUGGCCUCUAUGCCCACCCAGGACCUGUGGGAUCACCUGGUAUGAUGAUGUCAAUGCAGGGCAUGAUAGGACCCCAACAGAACAUCAUGAUCCCCCCACAGAUGAGACCCCGGGGUAUGGCUGCUGAUGUAGGAAUGGGAGGAUUUAGCCAAGGCCCUGGAAACCCAGGGAACAUGAUGUUUUAAGCUGCUACAUAAGACUGGAUGGUUCCGAUCCUUGUUGAAAUGAGAUUCCAGGUCCUGAGGGCUGCCUGAGAGCUCCAGGAGCACAGUUUGGCCAUGCAAUAGGUGAAAACAGACCAGAGGAUGCUUUGGGAAAUCUCGAAUGUAUGGAAUUACCUGAAAACAAAUGAAUUCAUUUUAACAGGUUGUUUUUUUAAAAUUUAUUUUUUAAAAAUUAUUUUUGUGUAAUUGGGUAUCCUGUGAUGGCACCUGCUUUGAGAAUCUGUAGCUGUAUUUUGAGAAUUGCCAUUUGUCACAAGUUGCACCAUUCUCUGUAUGUUUACGUCCUUUGGACUGGCUUCUCCCAGGACUCUCGGUUAUUUUUGGGGGGUUAUUUUUGUGUACUGUACUAUAUUGUAAAAGGGAUUUUAGCAGAGACUUUAGUCUUUGGGGUGAGAGGCUGUUUACUUUUAGGUGGAAAAUCCAUCUUCAGAACUUUGGACUAUUUUCCUUCAACUCCAAUGUAUAGAAAAACCAAACUACGACCUCAGAGCAGAGUAUUAAUGAAAAGCACAAAAAGGAACUUAAGUUCAAUGAGGGGGAAUCUUUUAAAAGAAAUAAGUUAAGGACAUAUUUUUCAAAAUUAUGGAGUGCUGUCCAGCACCUUUUGUCUCUCCCUCCCACUCUUUAAAAAAAAAAAAAAAAGGCAUCUCUGUCCCCUCCCACCCCUUACUGUCUCCUCCCCUGGCAGCUGCAAUACAUUGUAUUUGGGGGAGUAAAUCAAGGAGAGCCCCUUCUCAUGCUGGGAGUGUUCCCACUUUCAGGAAGAGGCUGGACUUGGACACUGUUACAUUCUACAGUAGUCUUACUGUUUCCCAUUCUCCUUUUCUUAGAACCCCUCCAAGUGACUUUAUUAAUGUGGGAGUGGAACAGACACUAAAAGUUAUCCUGACUUUUUUUGUGGCUAUCUUUUUUUGUUCCCCAGCGUAAAACGUUCUCUGUGUAACCUCCAUUAAAUUUGGUACAAAACCACUUGCCAGGGCUGUGGUGUCAGAAAAAUAAAAUAUAUUGUUUCUUACAAAAA